UGACGACGAACUUGUGAGUGUGUAUGUGUGACUGUUGUGAACUCUCUCUGCUCCUUCGAAUGUGACGAGAAGAAGUUACGAAAGGGUCCGAUUUAGUCUGUAUAUGUUACUCUCUCUAUCUAUUGCGACAAGCCUUGACCUUGAUUGAUCCCUCACCGAUACCCUUUUGAAAUUUCACGGUUCUUUAGUAUUCCUGAUGUUUCCAGGUUCAAUUCAAGUGGAAAAGUCUUUAUCUUUCCGUCUUUUGAGUUCAUGAUUCCGGUUCUGAGUUGUGAAACUUUGGAGUGAUGGACAAAAUUAGUCAAUUGUCCGAUGAUUUACUCAUCAAGAUAUUAUCACUAGUUCCAACAAAAGAUGCCAUCGCCAUGAGCACUUUGUCUAAACGAUGGAUGUCUCUUUGGACAUUGGUGCCAAGACUUGUCUUUGAUGUUAACUCAGACUCAGAGGAUGAAGAUGAAGAAGAGAAUCAAUCCAGAAACCUGGCGCAGUUUGUAUCCGGGACGUUGCUGUUACAUAAGGCAGCGGUUCUUGAAAGCUUUCAUCUCAACAUUGCUUCAGAGUGUAGCGGUUCCGAGGUUGGUUUAUGGGUUAGAAUCGCACUUGAUCGUUUUGUUCGUGAUCUCAAGAUAAGUUUUUAUAAUGAUCAUGGCCCUGUUAGGUUGCCAAGUAGGCUUUUUAGAUGUGAGACAAUUGAGACUUUGGAACUCUGCAGGGUGAUUGCUUUGGAUGUUCCUUGUCGUUUUAGCUUUCGAUCUCUCAAGAAGUUACGCCUUCUCUCUGUGAGGUACUCAGAUGAGGAAUCUUUCUCUCGGUUUAUAUCAAAUUGUCCUGUUCUUGAAGAUUUGGUUGUGGAAACUUGUGAAGAGGACAAUGUGGUGACAUUCACUGUUAAUGUGGCGUCCCUACAGAGUUUAUCCAUUUCUCAUACAUUACGAGAUAUACCAAAUUCUGAUGAAGUGUUUGUGAUACAUUCCCAUGGUUUGAAGCAGUUGAAAGUUGUGGACUACUUUGGUGAACUUAAUCUGAUAGGUAAUAUGCUCAAACUUGUAGAGGCAAAUCUUCAAUACGAGUGCCUCUAUGCCAAGGUUCUGGAACCUUUUACCUCUGUCAAGCGUCUUUAUCUCUGCUUAUUUGGAGAGGCUCAGUUUCUUACUGGUAUCGUUCUAUCCCACCUUGUAUGGUUGGAGCUAUGUACCUGUGAAGAUAAUUGGACUAAUAUGCUUGUGAGUGUGCUCCAGCAUGCCCCUAAACUACAAGUUCUCAAGCUUGAGCUGAACCAGGACAUUGUCUAGCUAUGGUUCGUAAUGUUUGUUGGAUCCAGCCCGAGCGUGUUCCUGAAUGUUUUUUGUACCAACUCAAAACAUUUGAAUGGAGAAACUAUGGAGGAACACAAGUAGAGAAAGAAGUGGCCAUGUAUAUUUUGAAGAACGCGAGCCGAUUAGUGACUGCAACUAUCUACCCUGACUCAGUCAAGUUGGCUCGCAAACAUAAGAUGUUUGAGAAACUGGAAAUUGCAACCAGGAGUUCAAGAGCAUGUGAGCUUUACAAUGGGAUAUAGAAAUUAAUCUCACCCAAGUUUCGAAAAUUUUCCAACUAUCUUUGUACUUUAAAUGUGGAUUUAUAUGAUAAUUUUCUCACAACUUUGUCUGGUUCUUGAUGCAAAGGCUAACAAUUCAGUCUGUUCUUAACAAAUCUUUCGCUAUUUAAGUGUGAAAGAUAGAAACUUUUUAACACCAACACAUAAAUAAAGAGUUGCGGUUCAAAGUGUAAUAUUUUUACUGGCCCACACAAGGUGAUGGGUUCGAUCCAAAAGAUCCAGUUUUUGCCUCUUUGUAUUCCAGUUUCGUUUAAAAUGAAGGACUUUUAGGGUUUAUCGCAUUUCUCAAAUGACGAACUGGUGUGAGUGGAAAAAUCCUGUUUCUUCGCUAUAUGAAAAGGAUCGUCACUAAGGUUGAAAGUCUUCGUCUUUUCGUCUUUGAUUUUGGGGUUUUGGGAAUUAAGCUUUGGAAUGGACAAGAUAAGUCAGUUGUCGAAUGAUUUGCUCAUCAAGAUACUGUCAUUAGUCGAAACAAAAGAUGCAAUCGCCAUGAGCAUUUUGUCUAAACGAUGGAAGUCUCUUUGGACACUGGUGCCAAGACUCAUCUUUGAAGAUUACUCAGAUGAAGAUGAAGAUGCUGAGACUAAAGAGAGACACUGGAGAGAUUUGUCACAUUUUGUUUACAGCACUUUGCUAUUUCAUAAGGCACCUGUACUGGUAACUUUUCAUCUCAACGUUGCUUCAGAUCGUCUUGCUUUGGAGGUUGACUUAUGGGUUAGAAUUGCAGUGGAACGUUUCGUGCGUGAUAUGAAGAUAAGUUUUAACUUUGAUCAUGGGCUUAUUAGAUUGCCGAGUAGCUUCUUUAGAUGUGAAACACUUGAGACCUUGGAACUCCACAGGGUGGUUCUUUUGGAAAUUCCUUCUAGGUCUAGCUUUGGAUCCAUCAAGACAUUGCGCCUUCUAUCUGUGAAGUACUCAGAUGAGGAAUCUUUUUGUAGGAUUAUUUCCAGUUGUCCUGUUCUAGAAGAUUUGCAUGUAGAAACUUGUAGAAAUGAUAAUGUUGCAAGUUUCACUGUCGAUGCGCCAUCAUCCCUUAGGAGUUUGAGCAUUAGGAGUUCAUCACUAGAGUUCGGACCUGAUAAUCAUUUGUUUGUGAUACAUUCCCAUUCUUUGAAGCUCUUGAGCAUUUUAGAUUACUUUGGUGAAGUUACUAUGAUCGGUAAUACACCAGAGCUUGUCGAGGCAAAUCUUCAAACCUUGAACCGCCAUGAGCAUGUUCUGAAAUCUCUUACCUCUAUCAAACGCCUUUCUCUAUGUUUGGAUGAGGAGGCGCAGUAUCCUACUGGUAGCAUGUUACUUCAACUCGUGCGUUUGGUGCUAUGUGUGUGCUCAGAGAACUGGUCGAAUAUGUUUGUGUCUGUGCUCCUACAUUCCCCUAAACUUCAAAUUCUCAAGCUUGCGAUGAAUCAUUGGAUGGCUGUGGAUCGUAAAGUUGGCUGGAUUCAACCGAGUUGUGUUCCUGAAUGUUUGUUGUUCAAUCUCAAAUCCUUCGAGUGGAGACACUAUGAAGGAAGAGAAGAAGAGAAAGAAAUUGUUAUGUAUAUUUUGAAGAACGCAAAGCGAUUAGUGACAGCAACUAUCGAUCUUGAAUUAGUCACUUUGGCGUGCAGACUUAAAGUGAUCGAUGAAUUGGUAUUUGCAAGGAGAGGCUCAAGAGCAUGUGAGCUUACAGUGUGUUGACUGCAGAAGAAAAAAUUUACAUUGUUGAAAAGGAUUUAAAGCUAUUACUUUCUUGGAAACUGAUUUGUUUAUUGUCUUGUUCAUGGUUACAAAGCCUAGAAUGCUUCGUCUGUAUUAACAAAUCUAUCAUUAUCUAAGGUUUGAUUGAACAAGUGACGA